GAAAGAUAGUCUGACCCGGUGGUUGUUGGAUAAUCGACCGUACGGUCUCAUCUUAACGGGCGACCGUAAGCUAGGCAGCCCCGUGUCGAGGUGUGCCGUGUGAAGGUGAACGUGAACCCUUCAACGUUUUGGUACAAACAGAGCUAGCAGUCCAUGGACUAGCUGAAGGUUAUAGGGAUCGCUCCGAUGUUUUUAAACUUCUCUUCUCAUAUUUUGCAUGAUUUUUCUACGACUCCAUGUCGACCCCACCAAACAAAUUCCACUUUAUUUAUCGUCCGUUGACAACUUUGACACCAUCCUGCCCGACCCGUUCGUUGUCACCGUCGCCAAGAUGAGCUGGCGCUUGCCGUGCGCCGCGGCACUACUGCUCCUCCUCCACCUCGCGGCGCUGGGACCGGCCGCCUCGGCGGGCAGCCGCCUCCGGCGCUACGACUCCAUCUUCAGCUUCGGCGACUCCUUCGCCGAUACCGGCAACAAGCCCAUCGCCUUCGCGCGGUACUCCGUCCCCGUCACCGUCAUGCGGCCGCCCUACGGCGAGGCCUUCUUCGGUCGCCCCACCGGCCGCACCACCGACGGCCGGGUCAUCCUCGACCUCGCUGCCCAAGCCCUGGGCCUGCCGCUCGUCCCGCCGUCCCUGGCUCGCGACGGCCGCUCCUUCCGUCAAGGCGCCAACUUCGCCGUCGCCGGCGCCACCACUCUGAACUCCGAGUUCUACCACGCGAGGGGCAUCCCCGGCGGCGCCAGCAAGCUGCCUAUCAACACCAGCCUGAGCGUGCAGCUGGAGUGGUUUGAGGCGCUGGAGCCUUCGCUGUGCGCCACAUCCCAAGAGUGCGAGGAGUUCUUCGGCAGAUCCCUCUUUUUCGUGGGCGAGUUCGGGGUCAACGACUACCACCUGUCUCUGAAAAAGCUUAGCGUGCAGCAGGUCCGACCGCUUGUUCCUGACGUGAUCCAGACAAUCUCAAUGGCCAUCGAGAGGCUGAUCGUCAAGCACGGCGCGACGAGCUUGGUGGUUCCCGGGGUGAUCCCGUCAGGAUGCUCGCCGCCGAUCCUGACGCUAUUCGCCGGCCGUGCCGGCGCAGCAGACUACGACUCUGAGACAGGUUGCCUCAAGGAGAUCAACGAGCUCGGGAAGCAUCACAACUCGCUGCUCAAGGACGCCCUGCGCAAGCUCCGGGCCAAGCACCCGCAUGCCAGGAUCAUCUACGCCGAUUUCUUCGGCCCGAUCAUGGAGAUGGUGGAGUCGCCUGGCAGAUUCGGGUUCAGAGAAGAUGUUCUGACGGUCUGCUGCGGCGGCCCCGGGAGGUACAACUACAACGACAGCGUCGCCUGCGGUGAUGCGGAUGCAACUCCGUGCACCGACCCAUCUGGUUCCCUGUACUGGGACGGCGUCCAUUUGACAGAGGCCGGUUACCGGCACGUGGCCGACGGCUGGGUAAGGAGCAUUCACUCUUCCGACAGUGCUAGCAGCGGCGAGAGGGGCAAAGCGAGCGCGUCAACUCAUGGAUCACCCCAAUGACCUGGCCCUGAGAUUGUACGUGAUAAUUUAGUAAAUUUGGUUAUUCAAGAUGUUAGUUUGUUCUUCUAAGAAUCCAUGUUUGCUUGUUUAUUUGUUUUUUUUACCAAAUUUGUAAAAAGCCCGAAUAAUUGGCUGGUAACGGCUGGAAGAUUGGUAUACUUUCUGAGUCUGCUUUACGAAAUGCUUUGCCAGGGUUUGUGCUUCUA